GGAGAAGAAAAGAAAAAGGAAAAACAAAGAAAGGAAAAAAAGGAAGGGGAGUAAAACACUGACACUUAAAUGUAAGAAACAACUCCAAAGAUGCUGGCGAUGCCGGCGAGGUACUUAGUUGAGUCCAAAUCCUGCUAAUCCAGGAGCGUUAGUGUUACAUUCCGUGGCAAACGGACGCGGAGCGGGAGGUAAGGGAGGUAAGGAUGGUCCUCGGUUUACUUUUAGCUGAUUCCGGGUAAGCGGCAGGAACGUCCUCUUUAAACUCCGGGUAUCGGGAGGUGUUCCGGGAUUGCGGAUGCCUUCGCUGAGUUCUUUGUAAUCCUUCGUGCAGAACUAUUUCGGUGGCUUAGAGAUGCGGUUUGGUAGCGUCGCUGACAUGAUCAACGAGGAGAAGUGGACGCAGGGCGCUCUCAGAGAAGCGCUGCUAAGUGGCACCGUGCAUGCAAUUAGGACGCUGAUGUGCUUAAAAGCGUGGUAGUGAAGUCCACCAUCAAAGGAACGCGCUCUCCUUUUUCUCCACACUCAAAGCUCCUGAAGACAAUUGGUGAUUUAAGAGCUUCUUCUGGGUCCUUUUGAUGCAUUAUCUUACAUCUCUUUUUUGCCUCUGAAAAGUGUUCUUUAGGUUCCCACCCUGGCAUUUCCAGCGACGGUUUAAAAUAGCCCAAGUAUUGUGACUCCUUGCUUUUCUGUGAAAAUGGGAGACCUUCACGGUGAACUGUUAACUGAGGAGGUUCUGAAAGAAAGGCAGACGGGUUUGCUAUAGGAGGUAAAAUGCACACUUGCUGCCCCCCAGUAACUUUGGAACAGGACCUUCACAGAAAAAUGCAUAGCUGGAUGCUGCAGAGUCUAGCGUUUGCUCUAACAUCUCUCGUCCUUUCGUGUGCAGAAACCAUCGAUUAUUAUGGGGAAAUCUGUGACAAUGCAUGUCCUUGUGAGGAAAAGGACGGCAUUUUAACUGUGAGCUGUGAAAACCGGGGGAUCAUCAGCCUCUCUGAAAUUAGCCCUCCCCGUUUCCCAGUCUACCACCUCCUGUUGUCUGGAAACCUUUUGAACCGUCUCUAUCCCAAUGAGUUUGUCAAUUACACCGGGGCUUCAAUUUUGCAUCUGGGUAGCAACGUUAUCCAGGACAUUGAGACUGGGGCUUUCCACGGGCUGCGGGGUUUAAGGAGAUUGCAUCUGAACAAUAAUAAACUGGAACUUCUGCGAGAUGAUACCUUCCUUGGCCUGGAGAGCCUGGAGUACCUACAGGUCGAUUACAAUUACAUCAGUGUCAUUGAACCCAAUGCUUUUGGGAAACUGCAUUUAUUGCAGGUGCUUAUCCUCAAUGACAAUCUCUUGUCCAGUUUACCCAACAACCUCUUCCGUUUUGUGCCCUUAACACACUUGGACCUGCGGGGGAACCGGCUGAAACUUCUGCCCUAUGUGGGGCUGUUGCAGCACAUGGAUAAAGUUGUGGAGUUACAGCUGGAAGAAAACCCCUGGAAUUGCUCCUGCGAGCUGAUCUCUCUCAAGGAUUGGUUGGACAGUAUCUCCUACUCGGCCCUGGUGGGGGAUGUGGUUUGUGAGACCCCCUUCCGCUUACACGGCCGGGAUUUGGACGAGGUGUCCAAGCAGGAACUUUGCCCAAGGAAACUUAUUUCAGAUUAUGAGAUGAGGCCACAGACGCCUUUGAGCACCACGGGGUAUCUACACACUACCCCAGCCUCGGUGAAUUCCGUGGCCACUUCUUCCUCAGCUGUUUACAAACCCCCCUUAAAGCCCCCUAAGGGGACCCGCCAACCCAACAAGCCCAGAGUGCGCCCCACCUCUCGGCAGCCCUCCAAGGACUUGGGCUACAGCAACUAUGGCCCCAGCAUCGCCUACCAGACCAAAUCUCCGGUGCCUUUGGAGUGUCCCACCGCGUGCACUUGCAACCUACAAAUCUCCGAUCUGGGCCUCAACGUCAACUGCCAGGAGCGCAAAAUCGAGAGCAUCGCGGAGCUGCAGCCCAAGCCCUACAACCCCAAGAAGAUGUAUCUGACGGAGAACUACAUUGCGGUUGUGCGCAGGAGCGACUUCCUGGAGGCUACGGGGCUGGACCUCCUACACCUGGGCAACAACCGAAUCUCCAUGAUCCAGGACCGCGCUUUCGGCGAUCUCACCAACCUGAGGCGCCUCUACCUAAAUGGCAACAGGAUUGAGAGGCUGAGCCCGGAGUUGUUCUAUGGCCUGCAAAGCCUGCAGUAUCUCUUCCUCCAGUACAAUCUCAUACGUGAGAUUCAGUCUGGGACUUUCGACCCGGUCCCAAACCUCCAGCUGCUAUUUCUGAAUAACAACCUCCUGCAGGCCAUGCCCUCAGGCGUCUUCUCAGGCCUGACCCUUCUCAGGCUGAACCUAAGGAGUAACCAUUUCACCUCCUUGCCCGUGAGUGGAGUUCUGGACCAACUCAAGUCACUCAUCCAAAUCGACCUGCAUGACAACCCUUGGGAUUGUACCUGCGACGUGGUGGGCAUGAAGCUGUGGGUCGAACAGCUCAAAGUGGGUGUCUUGGUGGAUGAGGUCAUCUGCAAGGCGCCCAAGAAGUUUGCGGAGACCGAUAUGCGCUCCAUUAAGUCGGAGCUGCUGUGUCCAGACUACUCUGACGUGGUGGUUUCCACGCCCACGCCCUCUUCCAUCCAGGUCCCGGCGAGGACCAGCGCGGUGACCCCCGCGGUCCGGUCGAACAGCACCGGGGCCCCCGCGGGCUUGGGCGCGGGGGGAGGUGCGUCGUCGGUGCCCCUGUCGGUGUUGAUUCUCAGCCUGCUGCUGGUUUUUAUCAUGUCCGUCUUCGUGGCCGCCGGGCUCUUCGUGCUGGUUAUGAAGCGCAGGAAGAAGAACCAGAGCGACCACACCAGCACCAACAACUCCGACGUGAGCUCCUUCAACAUGCAGUACAGCGUAUACGGCGGCGGCGGCGGCGCGGGAGGCCACCCGCACGCGCACGUGCACCACCGCGGGCCCGCGCUGCCCAAGGUGAAGACGCCCGCGGGCCACGUGUACGAGUACAUCCCCCAUCCACUGGGCCACAUGUGCAAAAACCCCAUCUACCGCUCCCGAGAGGGCAACUCCGUGGAGGAUUACAAAGACCUGCACGAGCUCAAGGUCACCUACAGCAGCAACCACCACCUGCAGCAGCAGCAGCCGCCGCCGCCGCCGCCGCCGCCGCCGCCGCAGCAGCAGCCCCCGCCGCCUCUGCAGCUGCAGCCGGGGGAGGAGGAGAGGCGGGAAAGCCACCACUUGCGGAGUCCCGCCUAUAGCGUCAGCACCAUCGAGCCCCGGGAGGACCUACUGUCGCCGGUGCAGGACGCCGACCGCUUUUACAGGGGCAUUUUAGAACCAGACAAACACUGCUCCACCACCCCCGCCGGCAACAGCCUCCCGGAAUAUCCCAAAUUCCCGUGCAGCCCCGCUGCUUACACUUUCUCCCCAAACUAUGACCUGAGACGCCCCCAUCAGUAUUUGCACCCGGGGGCAGGGGACAGCAGGCUGCGGGAACCGGUGCUCUACAGCCCCCCCAGUGCUGUCUUUGUAGAACCCAACCGGAACGAGUAUCUGGAGUUAAAAGCAAAACUAAACGUUGAGCCGGACUACCUCGAAGUGCUGGAAAAACAGACCACAUUUAGCCAGUUCUAAAAGCAGAGAAACUCCCUGGGAGCUUUUGCAUUUAAAACAAACAAGCAAGCCUACACACGCGGUGAACGCAUUUGAUUGUGUUGUUUCAACGUUUAGGGUGAAGUGCCUUGGCACGAGAUUCUCAGCUUGGGCGGAAGAUACUGAAAGGGUGUGCACUUUCCUUUUAAUUUUUACACGUGGGGGAAACAUUUGUGUAAACUGGGCACAUCGAUUUCUCUUCUCUUCUCUUCUUGUGGGGGAGGGGAGCAGAAGGGUUUACGGAGGGCCGUUUGCUGCGCAAGCGACUUGCUAACGGUCGCGGUUGUUCUUGUGGUGGUUGGAAGUGCCAUUAAGAACGGUGGAAGAUGGCAGCGCAGAGAUUCUACUCUUCCUCUUUUGUUCCCUUUCCCUCCUCUUCUUCCCCGCGCCCCUUUAAGCCAUGGGUGGGUCUAAAUGGCUUUUGUGGAGAGAUUAGCACACCCCAACUUUAGUAGAAAGUUUGUUCUCUCUCUGUCCUUCCCCCUCCCCCUCCUCUCUCUUUCUCUGCCUCCCUGCCUUCCUCCCUCCUAUCUCAUUACUUUUCCUUUCUUUUUAAAGGAUGUGUUUGUAUGCAUUCUGGACAUCUGAAUUAAAAAACAAAAGUAUUGUGAUCUGGAAAAUGAUCACCAUAGAUGUGGACAAAUCAUUAAAAUUACAGAGCUAUAUGAUCCAUAAUUGAUUAGUCAAAAUAACUUAUUGAUGAAAUAUACAAAUAUUUUAUUGUAGCACCUAUUUUUAUAUACACAUUUAGCAUUUCUCUUUCCUUCACUAUUUAGCCUAUGAUUUUCACAGAGGUGUCGCACUAUAUUAGGACCUGCAUUUCCAAAACAGGAGUGAUAUCAGGAAGGCAUUUUAAAUCACUAAAAAUGUGGAGAACUUAAUGGGAAAAUCGUAAAGCCAAUGCAACCCACCCGAUUGGAUCUGUCAUUUAAAAAAAGAAAAAAAUAAUAACGGAUUGUAUCCCAAUGUAUAAAGGAAAAAAAAUUAGGGCAAUUAAUUGGGCCAUUUGAGUAAGAAUCGUGUGCAAGUUUCUGGUUUUAUUAGAGAAGAUUUAAAAGUAUUUUUAUUAGUCAACCAAAAUGAUGUAUUGAUUUGACUACUAUUGUAGCCGAUUUUUGAUUGUUUAACCAAACCCAGUUGCAUUUGUACAGAUCCACAUGUACUGGCACCUCAGAAGACCAAAUGAUGGACUGUACAAAUCUCUAUACGAUGUCUUUAUCCCUCUGGGCAGCAAGCAAUGAUGAUGACCACAAACAGGAUCUCUGUAAGAUGGGGCUACUGUUGUUACAGUCUCAUAUGUAUCCCAGCACAUGUAAUUUUUUAAAUAGUUUCUGAAUAAACACUUGAUAACUAUGUCAAAUAUGAGGGACUGAAGUAAUGAUUACUUGAGGUGCAAAAGACGUAGUUACGUGUGAUUGACUGAAUCUCCAUUAUUAACAAUUAGGACAUAGUAGCUAACUUUUAUUCCUAAUAUGAAAAAAUUUCCCCAAUUAUCAAAUUUGAAUAUAUGUAUAUAUGUAAAAUUCUCCUUUGCAAAUUCAGGGAAUUAUGUUUUCCUAAAGGUGGCAUUAAUGUCUUUAUUAAUGAAACUUCAAUUGUAUACUUUCUUUCCUUAUUGAAGUAUUCUUCUAAUACAUGGACCGUGGUAAGUAAUAUAUUGCCUAUUCAUUUUUCUCCCAAUGAUAUAUAUUUUGUUGUGUCAGUAUUAUUUAUUCAGUCUACAAUGCUCAUAGUUUCCUAAUUUCCCCGUAUUCCCAUAGUUUUCCUAAUUUUAACUUGUGUAAAACUACCUUCAAUGAUUAUGAUGGGUACUUUAUCUCAAGUUGAUCUAUAUAUCCUAAAUGUUCGAAAUGUUGGUGGGUGUAAGCUGUUCACCUCUGAGGAAGGUUUGCCAAUGAAUUUAGAUUAGUAUUUAAGAGUAGGAAAUGUUUGAGUGAAUCUGAAACUUAAAGAGCCAUGUGCUUCAUCGCUAUUAGUGGAUCUUCCCAGAAUCUCACCUGAAAUGUGUAAAAUAUCAAGGGCUGUUCAUGAACUUUCUGUUUAAGGAACACUUUCCAUGGCAUUCUGCCACAAAGAGGCAGCAUUCACCCAUGAGUAAAUUGACAGUAACUGCUUGAAUUCAGAUUGAACAGGUGGUAACAAUUUCCCUGAGGAAUUAAAAAAAAAAUUAGUAAUGCUACAUCGGUCAAGUGAAGUAAACUAUCCCCAUUCUGUGUAACAUCUUCCCUUUCCCAAAUUUUUUUCAAAGGGGAAAGGACCAAGCUUAAUAAUGCCAUGAUAUUAUCAUGAAAAAAAACAAAACAAAACAAAAAAAAAACAGUACCUUACUCUUCAUCUACCUCCUCCAUAUUUAAUCCAGGACUAGAAAAGAAAAAUAAAUUAUAGCAUUUGACUUCACAAUUGGGGUUGUUCUUAAUUUUUCUUCACAGUGGGACUUAUUUUUUCAAUGUCCAAAUCACUUCCUCAAUAUUAUUAUAUGUAGAUAUGACAGUAUUGUAUAAAUUAUAAACUAUUAAUACAAAGUGGAAUCUUCACUGUAAGUUUUAUUUCUUAAUUGAUGCAUAAAAAGUGAGAGAUAAGAAUUACAUGAAAUUCAAGAUGUAGUUCUGAAUGAUGUAAGUAGCUUCCAAAGAAAGUUUGUUGAUGCAUUUUUCAAAGAUUCACCUAAUAAUGUUAUUAAUUCAAACCAGCGCCAUCGUCCAUAAUCUUGUCACAAAUACUUCUUUAGGUAGUUCAUUUGUACUUCUACUCUUCCUAAGGUGUCCAGCCUUUUUUUUUUUAAUUUCAAAAAUAACAAUCAUAUGAUUUAUGAAAAGAGGUUACUUCUAAUUUUUAAAUUAUCUUUUUCCCAAUUGUAUGAAGGGGAUAAGAGUAAAUUCACUCCUGCUCUAAUAAACUUGAAAAUUUUUAACAUGUAGAGUUAUGAAACUAUGUAGAAUUAAAAAACUGAAUUAUUUCUCCUUAUUCAUUGUGUCCAGCCAAUACAUUAACAUAUACAAUAGAACACGAGUUGUGUGGUUUUGAGUAUUUGAUUUUUGGCGUUUCAGGUUGUUCACCGAGUAAAUAAUUAAAUUGGGUAUAUCAGCGGUAUAUGAUUGGAUUAAGGAACCCUGCAAAUUCUCUCCAUAGCAUUUUGGUGAACAAUAUGUAAUGUUCCAGGCAUCAAUUAAAAUUUGGAUGCAAACUAAGCUUACUCUUUGUGCUUUUCCAUUUGAUAUGUUGCAUAAUCUCAUACAAAUAUAUUUCCAAAUAGACAUUGCAAAAUCUUAUUUUUAUCUAUAUAUGAAUAUAGUGUAAAUACUUAAAUUAUCUCAGAGAAAGUAAAUAUAUUCUAUGUAAAUGUGAUAAUUGGUAUGCUCGCAUUCAAAAUUAUUUACAGCUAAACUGUUGGUUGAAGUUAUGUGUUAAUGAACGUUAGCAUAAAUAUACUUGGAACACAUCUUUUGUUUAGGCGAGAUUAUCACCUUUACACAUGUGAAGUGUGAAAUUUGGGUAAAUGUCCUGUGUAUCCGGGUCUGUCCUUCACCACUGUUCCCUCAGCCUCAGUAAGAAAAUCAAACUAUGUGCAAUGAAAACAUCCACACAUAAUGUGGAAAAGGUUAGAACUUAAGAAGAGAAUUGAAGAUACCAGUUGCUUGCCCCAUAUCAUUAAUUCUAUUCUUAUUAUUAUGUUGUUAGCAAAUUAUUCAAAUUAAGUAUGUAUAGUUUCUUUCCCUGUUUUAUUUUUCCAGACUCUUGUCCUUUUUGCUUACAUCUCCCUCCUUCCUCCCUCCUUCUCUUGUCUUAUCCUUUCUCUUGAUUACUUUUCAGUAGGGCAAGGGGGAGAGCGAGAAUAGUUCAGUCCUUGUUUGAAAUGCCAAAAACUAGCUACUUAAUUUCAAGAGCUCAAUGGAUUGUUCCCAGAGUCACACAACUCCAAAUUAAUGAAAAUAAAACAAACCACAAAUAUGCUUCCAAUUCAUUUGGGAAUAUGCUCUUGUAGCACUUUUCAGGUGGCUCCAAAUUAAGAUAUUUCCAAGAGGUGGCAAAAUAUUUAGUAUAACUAAUUUUAAGACUAAAAUUUAAACAGAAAGAAGAACUAAAAACAACAAAAGAACUGAUUUAAAUGUUAGAAGGGGGCAUUUAAUUAAUUGAUUUUCAAAGGGAAUAAAAAGUUGCUAAAAGGUAAUUAAACUGUUAUCAAAUUAACUAUUUCACUUAUGGAUAAAGUUCUUCAGACCCCCCAAAGUUCUCUGCUUUCUUGUAAAUACAAAUAUAUGUAUUUUUGUAAAUACAAAAUUAAAGAAGGUGGGUGGACAUUAGUCCAUCAAAGAAUUAUCUAACAUCUAUAUCCAAAGGAAUCUUAUGUCAUUGAGUCUUGCAUUUGACAACUGUGCAUUUUAUCAUUAAUUUUAAUUUAAUUUAGUGCUUUUCUAUAAUUAUCCAUUGAUAGUUCCAUCAGUUUAUGUAGCAUGUAUAUGGUAUACAAAAAUACAUAUUAUCAAAGAGAGCACUGCAUACUUAAUUUUCAUCUGGAGUUCUUUAUAUUUCAAAUUUUUACAUUAUUUCAAAUUCUACUUUUAUGGUCUAUGCUUUAGGCAUGUUAGACUGGGGGAAAGAAAAUGAUUUUAUGCACUGUAAUGUUUCGGUGUGACUAUAGUAUAAUACCCUUUUCUUACUCUGUUUACAGCAGACUAUUUGGCUUACAAGACACAGGUCAAAUAUUUCUCAUGGAAAUUGUACCAAUAUUAUAAAAUGAAUAAUUUUAUACUCAUUUUUUUAAAAAAAUGACAUUUAACCUUGAUUCAGUUAAAGAGUGACUUAGAUUACUUCUUAAAAAAUUUCUGAAGAUCAAAACAAAUAUUUCAUAAAGAAUUGAUGUAAUGCAAGUAUGAAAUCAUUUUACUUUCUCAUUUUCUAUUUACUGUCAAAAUUAAAAUGUAAUGAUAUAUUGCAUAAUGCUAACUAUAUCAGAUACAUUUUUAUUACAUAUUAGGAAAUUCAUUUUAUAAAAGAAGAGUAAUGUUCAUAGUGAUAUGUUGAAUGGAAGUCUUCCAGAGUUUUCUUCUUAAUUAGGUCUUUAUCAGAACAUGAAGGAAUAUUGUAUAUUUAUAAUACAAAAUAAACAUAUACAUGUUUAAAAAUUACAUGUGUUUCUAAAAGUGGAAAUUAUAAAACAGUGUUAUGAAGGAUAAAUUGUUUUCUUUUAAAAAUUUAACCUAUGCAGAAAUGGAACUGCGACUUUAUUAAAGGCUCAUUAAUUUCUUGGUCUACUUAUUUUAGACAAACUUAUUUAGAGAUCAUUUUCAAAAUAUCAUGAUAUAAAUUGAAUUCGAAUUUGUGAUCAAUAUUGAAUCAUAUAAAGACAAGUAGGAAAAUUCGGUGACUUUUCACUGUUCUGGAAUAUGCACUGUAGAUUUUCUUACAAAUUUACUUCCACCACCAAUAAUAAUUUCCAGUGGUUCCAACUAAAAUAUUUUUUAAGAAUUUUAUUUUAUGCUUCCUUAAAAAUAACACUUAAUAUUGGAUAUUGAAACCAAAUUUGCUAUAUUUUUUCAAUUUAUAAUUAGAUAUGUAUCUAUUUAAAUAAAACAUGAAGGGUAGCCGUAAACUUAUGUUAAUUGAUUAGCAAAUUGUUUUGUCAGAUACUAUAAUAAAAUUUUUGACCAGCAUGUUUUAUCCAUGAGAGAUUCACCAGGCUCAUAUAGACUAAACAUUUAAAUAUUAAAUAUAAAAAUAUGUAAAAAUGAUUAUUUGAUCAACAAAAUAUUUUAUUUGUGAUGAUAUAUCUAUUUAAAUCACCUGUAUAAAACUCCUGCUUUUUAUCAUGACAACAAUAGAAUAUUUUUACUAUGUUUAUGUCCAAAGUCAAAAGGGUGUUUCACUUCUGAAAAUACUAGUAAUAAUGGGGAACAUUUAUCUAUCAAAUUUAAACCCCGAAUUUUAAUAUCAACUUUAAAUCUCCAGUCCUAAUUAUAAAGUUCAUUGUACAUGUUUUUCUCUAUAUUACUGAACUCUGCUCCUGAUAAAGUUCCCCUAAAGUAUACAAAUAGCCAUAGUGUUUUUCUUGUUUCAUAUUUAGGUAGCACAUAUUAAAAUAAAGUUAUGAGCUAACACUGUUAAGUUUCAUUUCACUUAAAUAGUACCUUUCAACUUUACAAUUAUCUUCAAACUUUUAAAGCUAGUUGAAUAGUAUAUUUACAUAGGUACUUACGAAAGUGAACUUUCAGAUCCAGAAACUGCUCAUGUAUGUCAAAAUAUAUUCAAUAUCAUUCACCUUACUGUCAUCUUAAUUCAUUCAAUCAGUGCAGUGAUAUUUCUGUUACCCUGUUAGGAUUAAAGACCCCCAAGUCUUAGAUGAAAAUUAAGUAUCUCCUUGGUAAUUAAGAAAAAAAAAAGUAAAAGAUAAAUGCUGAGUAUUUGGAUUCUAAUCUUAAAAUAUCUUCUUCAAAACUAACAGAAUUGUAUAUACAGAAAACCAUUUAGGAAGGGUCUUUGUAUAGAAUUAUGCAUUUUAUGCAUAAAUUUAUGCAAUUUUGAAAUUGCUAAUUCCAUAUGGUUUACAUGAUCUUUCGACUUUAAGUUAACAAUGAACUGUCUUCAUUUAAGAAUUUUCGUCUGAGGGAAGAUAUCUUUCACAGAGGAUGCACUUGAAUAUGCUUGUUGUCACAUUAUAGCUUUGACCUACUCUUUCCUUUAAAAGCUCAAUUUUAACCACAUUGAAAAUGGUCUGUAUUAUUAUGUUUAAUUCUUGCAACUCAAACCAUUUAUCUCCCACAAUUUUUGAAAAGAAAAACUUGGUAUAUUUCUUCAGUUUGCUUUCAUGAAGUUUAAAGGUAUCCUCAGAUUAAUGACAUCCCCUCAAAACAUUAAAGACAUGAUUAGUCAGAUUUUUUUCCUGGUGUAACAGUCCAAGCACUAUGUAAGCAUGACUUAAUGUGGGAGUGUGAGGAUGUGGAUAUUAAAUUGUCACUGUGGACUCGUCACUCAUUAAUAACCAUCUUUAAUACAAAACAUGUAAAGAUGAGGUGAAGUGUUUCUUGGAAUGCUAAUGUACUUAAAAUUACACACACUGAUUAACUGGGUAGCACGUAUAGUUUACAAAUGCCACUGUUGUGUGCUUGUAAAUACUAAAGCAAUGCUUGCCAAGUGGUAAGGCACAGUCUAGAUUCUGAAAAAUCUGUCUUCUAUAAAAGAUAACAUAUAAUAAGAUAUCUUAUAAUAAGAUA